ACAGAAAUAACGAAUUAUGUCUAAACGAAGUCCAAUAUCCCAUUAACAGGAGUGGCUUAUUUGCUAAUGUAUUUGCAUGCUGUGCAGUGGUGCGGCAGUGAUUCUGCAACGCAGUAUCAUGGACAAAAAAGGCUUCUGCGGCAACAAAUUGAAGUUCUGGCGUGGGAUUCUUACGAAGAUGUAUUGUUCAAGACACACAGCCUAGGGCAACGCGCCACCAUUGUCACCAAGGUAAAUGUAUUCGAUACCAGAGAAUAUAUCUGUCGGAUUACAAGGUAAACUCCCCUUGAUUGUCAGUGGUGAUGUGGUAGAUUGCAACCAAAUCGAACACGUGCGUUAUUAUAUUUAUUCCCCCCCCCCCCCCGAAAAAAAAAAAGAUGAAUGAAUCACAUCCUAAAUACUUGCGAAAUUGUCUGACAAUUGGGAACGUAUAAUCCAUAGGUUCACGUGCUUAACAAUUGAUCUACUAACUGUUGUGGUUUAGCACUUCCUCCCAAUGCCCAGACUUUUGCUUAUAUCUUUAAUGUCCGCUUGGCUUUCUAUUAUGUGAGCGCCUGCUUUGGUGGACUUAUAAAUGGUUAGUUUAAUUGUUUAUAUUGCUGUGACGCAUUGCGCUUAUCAAAAUGAGAAAAUCACUAAA